GUUGUCAACAUUGUGGAUUGUGUUAACCUAUAUUGUUGUUUUCAUCUCAUAUUGUAUCGCAAUUUGUGUCGAAAAGUCCGGAAUAUUUUCUUUAAACCAUUACCAUCACAGUGUCGUGGUAAAUACAUAUUCAGGCGCGGAUCCAGGUCAAGCGUCUGAGGAGAAGGGGUUGUGGACAUUUUUGAUGUAUACGUGCGUGUGUGGUGCUGCGCGAAACGGUCGACGAAAAAAUAACAACAACAGCAAGUUAAGAAAACAUUUAUCUCUGGCUGGCUGGCAGGCAGGCAAAAAUGGUUGCGAAAUUCUAUUCACUCACUUAUCAACGACAUUUGUUCAUCUUUCUCCAUUACCAUUGUUGUGUGUAAUGUUUCUCCUUCCAACGACAUCGUUCGUUGUUGGCAGAAUAACGAUGCCACCGUCAAUUUUGUCGUUGUCAUUUUCGUAGACGUGUUCGUAGUCGACGCCGUCUUCAUUCAUUUGAUUUUCGCCGUUAAUCAUUGUACUUUUGACUGUCACCGAAAACGGCGGGUAGUUUGCAACAACACUAAAACAAACCACGGUCAGCACAAUUGACCGAUAGAGGAAUACAACCGCAACAACAACCACCAUUUACGCUAUAGCGAUUCCAUAUCUACACAACAUACCUACCUAGUUAGUACAUACGUCAAGUAAAUACACACAUGCAGAAUUUGGUUAGUGUGUGUGGAAAUAAAUCCUUUCGCCGUUCAAAUUCAAUAUUCGCUUAUAAUACUCGCGAUAGUUUGUCGCCGAGCGCGAAGUCUUUAGGUUCGCUGUCACUACUUGAACAAAACACAGUCACAUCCUUUUCGCACUCGAACGAGUCAACACAGAGUGUCGCAGCAGCGGAUUUAAAUUUGAAUCAACAAACAAGCAAUUUCAUAACCAACAACAGUUUAAAUUUAUGACGAAUAAAUUAAACGCAAAUCAUAUGUCAACAAUAAAAUAAUUAAUAUAAAGUGCCAAAAAUAAUUAAAUAUCAAUACAGUGCAAUUAAUGUGAAUUAUAUAAGUAAAUAUGUAAAACUAUCACAUAUUUGAUCAGUGAUGACAUUAAGUUAAAAACAAAGAAAAUAUCAGUGCUUCCAAUAAAAAUACAUUUAAAAUUAUUAAAUGCACAAUUCCUCUCACCCGCGCCCCUUUCUCAUUUUUUGUGAAACAUAAAAUCAUCAAAAUUAAAAACACAACUCAUUUAAAUUAAUUAUAAUCAUUAACAUUGACAUACAAUUUUAAUUUUUGGCAAUUAAAAAGACAAGUCGCCAAUCUAAAAAAGAAAAACUCCAAAAGAACAAAAAAAUUAUUGGUGACAGCUUCUAGACAACACCUUAUGUUCCUGAUUUCAGGAAACAAAAACAAGUCUGUGUAAUUAAAUAAAAUUGUUUUGAGCCGAAUCAUUUCAAUAACUUUAUACAUUUCGUUUCUCCUGUUUUAUAAACAACUAAACCUAAAAAUAAUUAUAAUUACAACAAAAUAAAGAAGUAAAUAUAUGUGUACAAACAUAAAAAUAAACAUUUCCGUUGAGUUAAACAUUUGAACAUUUUUGUGUGUGUUGUGUUUAUAUAAACUUAUAUUACGUUAAUUAAAUUUAAUUGACAUAUAACCAUUUAUAACUUUGCGAACAUCGUCAACUGAUUUAAAUAAUUUUUCAAGGAAUUCGUUAAAUUAAAGAAUUCAAACUGUUUGACAACGGUCUGAGGUUGGAUAUUUCCAGCUACCCUCACAUGAACAUCCGCAUGAGCACGAAGGGCAAGCGUCCUUUAAGGAGCUUGACCCCAAGCGACAAAGUUCAUGCUAUUCAACGAAUACAUGAUGGCGAGUCAAAGGCUUCAGUGGCACGUGAUAUUGGGGUGCCUGAAUCGACAUUACGUGGCUGGUGUAAAAAUGAAGAUAAGUUGCGAUUUAUGUCUCGCCAGGCAGCAGCUGAGAAAAUGGGUGGUGAGCCUUUAACAGACAAAUUAGAUGGUAACACGAAUCUGUUAGGUGGACCUCCAGAAAAAAGACAGCGCGUGGACACCUCGAUGCCACUGAAUUUUUCGAAUAAAAUUAAAUUUGAUGAAUUAACAACAUUCAAGCGAGCUCCACUUACUGGGUUAGAUUUCGGGGGUAAUAAAUCCUUAAAUGAUAUUGGAACUUUCAAUGGAUUGGCUCCUGAUUAUGGAGCUUUUAAUGGUCCAACAAAGAACAAAGUAUUUGGGGCAGAUAUUUCCCGACCCGUCGAUCCCUCUAUUGCUGCUAUAAGUCCAUUGUCAAGCCUUUCACAUCUUUCAGGGCUCACGGGACUUUCUCAAUCCCCCCUAGCCAUAAGUUUUAAUGAGCUCACAUCAAACUUAAACUUAUUGGCACAACUUAACCCGGGUUUGGCCGCCAUGUCUGGUCUUAAUGGCUUAGCAAAUACUGGUAAUAACUUACGGGUAAAUAACAUGAAACCAAAACCACAAAUACAAAGCCCUCGCAGUGAGACUACGGAAAGACAAACGGGUCUUACAGUAAAGAAUUGGGCGAAACAAAAACCAUCGACACCAACAUCCAGCGAUUCUCCAGCAUUUGGUAUUAAUUUAAGCCAAAGUGAUACUACAAAAAGUCAAUUGAAAAAUUCAGGUACUACUCUUAUGCCUCCACAAUUGGGUGGAAAUUUGCCUCCCCUACCAACAUUGCCCGAAGAUCCAUUGCUAUAUUGGCUAAAAUCGCAACAGGCCAUGCUAGGUUUAAAUAAUAUUUACCCACCACCCCCACCUAUCGGUGCAACAAGCCCUCCAAUUCGAUCAUCAACUCCUCAGCAACAAAGUUUGCACGCUAGUACACCUCCUAUAAUUCCCACACCGUUAACUCCAUCUUCAACACCAUCUGGUAGCCUGGAUGACAAAAACUCUGCAUGGUUCAAUUGGUGUAAAGCGUUUGGAGCAAGUCUUAACUCUUUGGCUCCUGCUGCCGCUGCAGUAGCUCUACAUGGUAAUCCAUUGCAUCAGCCACCAACUUCUGUUAAUGUCGAAUCGUCCAACACAGUUGAUGGCCAGCUUGUUGGAAAAACUGGAUUCGAAAAUAUUUUAUAUUCACAACUUACCAAAGACUCAGCUCCUAGUCCUUCGGUACAAAGUUCCUCAUCAGUCGAGCAAAUACAUACCGAAGCAUCUAACAAUAUUGAUAUGUCAAAUAAACCAGAAGACCUCUCCGCUAGAAGCGCUAAAGCCAGAAGUUCACCACUAAGCCCACUACCAACACCAGCGCAAAGUCCUGAACGUAACGUUGACCAAACUGUUUCAAACCACAACAGUCCAGCACCUAGUCCAAUACCUGUAGGCUGCGAGGCAGAUUUUCAGGAGUCAGAACCAAAACCUGACACAAGAAAUAGUGUAGCCGAUUGUAGAGACGUUCUCGACAACCUUCUAUAUAAAAUUAACAAUAAUAAUAUUGAAAACAAUAAUUGUCUAGUUUCUUCAGUAGUUAGUGAGUCGGAGGCCAGCUAUUCAAGUGAUCACAACAAUACAGACUGCCCCCAAAACAACAACAAUAAUUCAAAUAAGACAGACGAAGAAGAGCGUGCAAAAUACGAAGACGAGGAAGUGGAUGCCGAUUACAUAGAAGCUAUUACACAUGGCGAGAAAUUUUUACAGUGGCUCGAAAACUGCAGUAAUCCUCGAGUAACCGCUGUUCAAUUAAUGCAGCUACGAUUUCUUAUUUCAUCGGUCAAAACAGUUCUCGAUCCAAAACCAACCUUAAAGGAAUCCACAAGCACAUCAAAUUUAUCUAUCGCUAUUGAAAUAGAUGACUCUUCCGAAGAAAGUAAUCGCUCAAAGAUGCGUCGUCGGAAAUAGGAACAACCAAAAUUGGCUGCAUUUGAGCCAAAACCAUGCACCAGUAAAGAAGUUGUUAUAAUCGAUGCCGAUGAAUAUCAAUUGGAAAAUUCUUUCGCUCCUGCUGUAUAUCAAUCAUCAGCUACUUUAUUAAAUUCCUUAUAUUUUCCACCCUAUGAAAUCGUUCGUUCUGACGACUCAGACGACAACAAAAACAGUACCAACAAUAUUACUGAAUACAUUAACGACAAAGAUAUCAACGCUGAAAGUAAUAGUUCCAUAUAUUUGGAAAAAGAAUCUUAUGUCGUCCCAAACACUUUCCAUGAAUAAAUGUGUAUAAAUAUUAUUAAAAGAGCUUCUUAAAUAUCGAAUAGAAAUUUUAACUAAAGUACACAUGAAUAUAACAAGUAAAACUAAAUUAAUAAUUGUCUUUAACAAAAUAAAAAUAUAUAUUUUUUGGAUUAAUGUUUCUACUUUAACAUCAAAUAAACAUUCACAUUUUCUUCCAAAUUAAUCCAAUUUAUUACAAAUUUAUUUAUAAAACGUUGUAAAGUUCCUUUCCUGUAACAGAGGAACAAGACGCAUAGAGAUUUAUCAUUAUUGGGCUUAUUAGAUAUGAAUUUUAUGUUUAAGUGUAAUUAAGAACUUCCUGUAUAUAAUACAUUCAAUGAAUAUAAAUUUAAUUUUAGUUCUUUAUGAUAAUUUCAAUAAAUUUUUAUUGAGAUUUAUAACAAAAAUUGAUUUACAUUAUUCCUUAUUAAUUAACUCUAUUAGAUAAAACUGUUAUAUUAAGAUAAAUUUAAAACAAAACAUAAAAACAAAAAUCAAAUAAAAAAUAAUAGAUAAAUGUCUUUUCCUUUCCAAAUUAUAAAAAAAAAAUAUUUUUUAUUUGAUUUCCAUUAGAGAAUUGAACGCAUCCAUAUCAAAAGUAGACCCAAUAAAUUUAAUUAUUCUAUAAAAUUUUAUUUUUAUCACUAAAAUAACCACAUUUCAAAAUACAACAAUAUCAAUAAACUACAUACGAAAAGCUUACAGUAAACGAUAUUAACAAUAACCAAAUAAAUAAUUACGUACACUUCUAUAAUCAGUUCAAUCAAAUAACUAGAGAUCAAAUUAAAAAUAAUUAAAAACAAUCCAAUUCAAUACAUACGUUUGAAUUAAGAAAAAUAAAUAAAACAAUUUUAAUGCAUAUUCAAUUAAACAAAUUAAAAACUAAAUACUCUGCGUA